CGGGGCGCUCUAGCCGCCGGCCUCUCUCUCCUCGUCGCUGGGAGCCUCCAGGCUCCAGGUGUGCCGCGGGAGCCUCUAGGUGUGCCGCGCUGUUCGGGACGGCCCGGCCGAGCCCUUCCGCGCGGCUCUGGGCGAAGGCGUUCGCGUGCCGCUGGGUCUGCAGAGGUCUUUCACCUCUUUAGAUAAGCUGAUUCUGGAAUACUCAAUUUUCUGAGGCACAAUUGGGGGGAGAGGUGCUGUCUUGUGUCUCUAGGAAGCAGGAUGAUGUCCAUACGCCUAGGAAAACUGAUCCUUUUCACCAGUGUGGUGUCCACUGGGACCUGUACCGUCAUGUAUUACCUCAUACAAAAAUCUUUUUCCAGGGCUUCCUAUUACCGAUUGGCAUUGGAACAGCUAAAUAACAACCCUGGGGCACUGGAAGCACUGGGCACUCCUCUAAACGUACACUACCUCCAGCUCAUCGACAAGUACAACUUUGUGGACAUUACAAAUGCCCAGUUGAAGAUUCCUGUCUCUGGAUCCAAGACAGAGGGCCAUGUCUAUGUUUCUUCAACCAGAGAUGCCCCCUUUCAGAGGUGGCACCUUCAGGAGGUCUUCUUACAGCUCAAGGAUGGCCAGCAGAUUCCUAUAUUCAAGCUCAAUGAAGAGAAUGGUGGUGUAGGAAAACAGGAGUAAAGGUUGUCAAAAGACAGAGCUUUCACCAAGCAUUGCCUCUGCUUAUCAGCAUUUCAUCUUCCUGUUAGUGAGCCAGAUUUCCAACCAUUAGUGGUGGAAGAUUGUAUGUGCUGACAUUUCUUAAUUCUGCUGUAAUUCUGACUUGAUUGUAGUGUGUGUGUUUUCAGAAAGAGACUUUUACUGUAAGUUUAUAAUAAUUUGUUUGAAAUUCCUCUGUAAAAGUAAAGCACAUUACACAGAAUAAAAGAAACCCACUUUUAAUGUUUGUUGUUUUCAGCGGGAGUGGGGGAGGGGUUGGACCACACUUGACUGUGUACUCAAGGCUUACUCCUGGCUCUGUGCUCAGGGGUCACUGUUGACAGUGCUCAAGGAAUCAUAUGUCGUGCUGAAUAUUGAACUGAGAUCAACUUCAUGCACGGCAACCACCUCUGUACGCAAUCUGACCCUGUUUGUUAAUUUUUAUGGUUUUCCUCUCUAUACUCUCCAUAGUUUUCAGCUCAAUUUAGAACACUGAGGGAAAAUAAGCACCUAUGAUUUUGUCAUUUUAUUUGGAGGUUUGGAGGGGGGCCGCUUCCCAGCGAAUUGGGGCUAACUGGGCAGGCAGUUCAAAGCAAGGUUGCUAUGCAGUCUGCACCAGGGCCCUCGCCAGCAGGCCUGUGCAGACAUGGGCUACUGAGAUGGUGCUGGGAAUAGGAGUCACAUUUGCAAGGCAGACACCUGUUUGCCUUGUUCUGGUUAGUGGAUCUUAAAUAAUUUUCCAUUGUUAAUUCCUGUCAUGGAUUUUGAGUUUUCAAAGUAUGCAGUAACAAGUAUCAGGAAAUUUCAGGCAAAACAUCACUCUCACAUGUAUCCACGCAGUCUGCCCUCCCCAGACUUUCAUAUUCAAGUAUGUGAUUACAUUUAAGUCAGGGAGAAAAUUAUGGCAGGGAGUUUUAAUAAGGUGUUUAUACAAAAUGGACUGGAGUGAUAGCACAGUGGGUAGGGCAUUUACCUUGCACACAGCUGACCUGGGUUCAAUUUCUCAGUCCCUCUCGGAGAGCCCAGCAAGCUACCGAGAGUAUCCUGCCUACACGGCAGAGCCUGGCAAGCUACCCGUGGCGUAUUUGAUAUGCCAAAAACAGUAACAAGUCUCACAAUGGAGAUGUUACUGGUGCCCGCUUGAGCAAAUUGAUGAACAAUGGGACUACAGUGCUACAAAAUAUUUUAUAAAUUAGACCAGUAAGAUCUACUUUUUACUAUUAGCUCAAAGAAGGAAGCUUUUAAAUAUUAGUAAUUUAAAAUAUGUAAAUGAUGAUAAAUUCAAACCACUUAUCACUGAAGUCUGUGCUUGUUUACCCAAAAAUCCCUUACCAUGCUGGGUAUAGUACAUUCCUUCCAAAUUUCAGCUGUAGCACUGUACUAUAGCA